UUUGAUGUCAUUUUCAUGAGUUGUAAAAAAUUGUAUUGAGUUUAGGAUUAGUUUUUUGGGAUUAAUUGUGGAUUAAGUGCCGGAAAGUGUGUUUGCGAUGACUUUUUACCACUUUAUAAAUUGUUUAUUUCUCACAUUCACGCCAAUUGUUUUAUUAUACAAAUUUUCAUCGCUGUCAGAGUACGGCACUAUAUGGAGGACAGGUGUGGGAGUGUUGGCAUAUAUAGUGACACAAGUGUGUAAACUAGUGAUCAUAGCGGCGGUCAUCCCUCCGAACCCACUGCUAAACCAUUUGAUUGAUUUGUUGGGAAUGUAUUGGUUUUUAGUCAAUCAAAACAAGGCGUCCAUCGCUUCCGUCAAAAUACUUAGCAUAGCGUUGGGCUGGAGUUUAGGCGAAUCGAUAUUCACCCGAUUGGUUGACUUCUAUCUGAACGCGCGGUCUCUUCAGUUUGACGCGAGUCAUCUCUUGAGCGCUACCGAAGCCAACAUUCAUUUAGUGAAACCUGGCGGUCUGUGCGCUGUUGUGGCGGUGGAACAGAAGUGGCAACAAGUUGUCAAUUGUCUUAAUAAUGGCAUACUUUGUGUGUUUGUCAUCAAUUGA